AUGGCCUUCCAUACUCGCUCUAACAGCUUCCCUUCAAGGCCACACCCAAUCUUUCAAGAAGUUGAAGAACAUUUGUGUAGCUUGAGGUCUUCUGAGGCCACCUCCACGUUGCUUCAGUUGCCCCUCACUCAACAGGCCUUAGCCCAAGAGCAAAAUGAGAAAUGGGCUAAUGAGAUAUUAGAUGGCUCUCUCAGACUCUUGGAUGUUUGCAGCAGUGCCAAGGAUGUCAUCCUGCAAACCAAGGACUGCACACAGAAUCUUCAAUCGAUCAUACGAAGAAGGCGAGCAGGUGAAACUGCAGCUGUUACAAGUGAGGUAAGGAAAUACUUAACCCCUAGGAAGAUGGUGAAAAAGACAAUCAACAAGGCUGUGGGUUGUUUGAAGGCAAUAGCAAACAAAUUCGCUUUCUCUUCCGUCAACAAGGAUCAUGAGAAGUUGAGAGAAGUAGAAGCAGUCACUCUUGCAGUGUUUGAGUCACUUUUGUCCUCCAUCUCUGGGCCAAAAGCAAAGACAAGCAGCUGGUCAUUGGUCUCCAAGAUAAUGCAAUAA